UAUCAUAAUGACUAUACAACAUGGAAGCAGGAAAUCGAGCUGUUGACGAAGGUUACAGGUUUGGGCAAGGCAAAGCAAGGCAUUGCGGUUUGUUUAACGCUUGAUGGCAAAGCAAAAGAAGUUGGAUUAGAAUUAGGAAACGAUCUCGGCGGCGAAGACGGACUUGGUCAAUUGUUAAGGAAGCUUGAUACGUUAUUUCUCAAGGCCACUACUGAAAGUGAUUACGAGGCGUAUAAAAAUUUUGAUACUGUUAGAAAAAAACCUAGUACAAGUAUGACAGAAUACAUUGUAGACUUUGAUUCACUUUACACCAAGAUCAAAAAGAGAGAGAUGGUUUUACCAGAAGCUGUUCUUGCCUUUAAAUUAUUGGACAGGGCAGGCUUGACUGAAAAUCAACGACAAUUAGCACUAACUGCUUGUUCCGACCUGAAAUAUAAAGCAUGAAGUCUACACUAAAAAGAAUUUUUGGUGUUGCAUUUGCAGACAGUGCCAGCGGUGUGACAGGAGAUGAAGCAAUCUCGGUGAAACAAGAAGCAAUGUAUUCAGCAAGCAAUAGAACCCAAGUUAGAACAUCCCUGAUAAAAUAUCGAUCUAAUCGUAAAACAAAUCCGUUAAACCGAUUUGGUCAACCAACUAGAUGUAGAAUUUGUCAGUCAAUUUUUCACUAUGCUACAAACUGCCCUGAGAAAAGUGAGAGAGUUCAUUUAUCAGAGGAUGUACCACCAUCUGAAGAGGGUGUGGAAUCAGUAAAUAUCACAUUGUUGCCCCAAAGUGAGAUAUUGAUAGCCGAGUCAUAUGGCACUGCGAUACUUGAUACAGCUUGCACAAAAACUGUCUGUGGAAAGUCGUGGCUGCAGAACUUUGUUGAGAAGGAUGGUAAAGUGUUAUCAACUCAGAAAAGUCAUAGACCUUUCAAGUUUGGUCAUGAAUCAUUAAUAUACUCUGACAAAGUAGUUACAAUUGCAGCAAAAAUUGGGAAAACAAAUUGCAAAAUAAAAGUGGAGGUGGUACCGAUUGAACUGCCCUUACUGUGCCUCACCCAAAGUACUAAGAAACGCCUUAGAAACUGGUACAUUGUUUGCAUAAAUAAAUGUUAA